AAAUACUAAAUGAUCGUCUUGCGCCAAAUCUGACACGAAGGGAAAGAAGUAUUCAUCGUGCCAACUUACGGAUUAUAUUACAACAGAAAUGACUGGUGUGGUGGAAGAAGCUGAGGAUGCAAAAGAGGCUGUCCUGGUUGAUGAGGGCAGUAAAGAUCCCCCUGGUAAGUUGAUAGAGGAUGAAACCAGUGAGAAAAUGGACUCUGGAAUGGAUGAUGAAAUGACGGGGACAUCUCCAGAUGUUGCAGACCUCAACUCAGACAGUGAAGAUGAACCAAUGGUCAUAAAGAAGAAAAACAAGAAACAUUUGAUAAUUGAUGACGAUGAUGAGGAUACUAAUGGUGAUGCAGAAGAUGCCAUCGAAGAUGUGGAGCCCAUGUCUGAAGAGGAAUCUGAGAGUAAUACUAAAACUACAAACAUAAAGGAUACAAAGAAAAAGACAAUUUCAGAGGCUCUCUCCAGCAUCAUGGACAGCGACUCAGACAGCGAUGAGGAUGCACAGUCAAAGUCUUCUGUGAAGGGGGAUGAAAAAAGUGGAGAAGAGAGUGACAGCUCAACAGAUGCCGUCAAGAAAAGAAAGGCAAAGAUGACAGCUAUUGACAGUGAGAAUGAAGAUCCCAAACAAGAUGCUUCUCCAAAAAAGAUAAAUAUAUUCAACAGUGACCUAUUUGAUGCAGAAGAUAGUGAUUCUGACACGGCAGCUACCCCUAGGGAUGGAGACAGUGGAAGAAGUAGUGAUGAGGAUAAUAAUGCUGAUGACGAGGGGUUCGAUGAAGACAACCUUGACCCUAAGCUAAAAGCCAAACUUCUUAAAGGUCACAGCAAGACAGCUGGAAAGGACAGAAAAGCCAAACCAAAACGAGACGACUUAAUGGACAUCCACAGUGAAUCACAAAGACUUGUCAGAGAGUCCCAGGUUGUGUUGCCAUACCACCAGCCGACACCCAAGUCCCUCAAUGACUUUCUGGCACGAGCAACAAAGAAACAACAAGAUUACAAAGCUCUCAAAGGGGUUCGAGAAUUCAAGAAACCCAGUGUGAUUCAGCAUAUGAUCGCCAACUGUUCCCCAGCUAUCACACUCUCCAGUCAGCCUCAGCACAGUGAUACAGAUGCCACGCCCACCCCUAGUUGUGCCACACCCACCUCAUAUCCAGUCACAGAGACUCAGGAUGGCUCCACACAACAGGAUGCCCUCAGUAAAAAGAUGGAUUUUGAAGAGGAUGAACUCCCUGACUUGGAUGAAAAUUUUCACAAAAACGACAAUAUUGUAAAUAAAGUGGAACUGAUAAAACCUGAAGAAAGUGUUACAGAAAGUGUGAGUGAACAAAUGGAUGUGGAUUCUGGUCACAAUGUAACUUCAGAAGUAACGGUGGAAAAUGUGCCUAAAGAAAACAGCUGUCCAGAAAGUCAUACAGACUUAGAAAUUGCUGAUGGAGUUACCAAUAAUGACUCUAAACAGACUGAUAGUGAAGUUGUUCUUCCUGAGAUUCCGUGUGAUCACAAGGAAAGUAGUGCUACAGACAAGGAACAAGAAACUGCUGACAAUCCAGUAACUCUUCCCAUGACACCCAAAAUCCAAGCGUUGUCCUCUCUGAAGGAUGAAACCCCCAAGUUGAGCGGUGGACCGGACUCCUUCAUUGAUCUAGACGGUGAUGAAGAUGAAGGGCCAGUAUUCACUGGAAGAGAUCAACUCCUGAACAGAUUUAUGGAACAUUCAAAAAAUAAAAAGCACAAGCAUGCCAAAGAUGUUGAUAUCAGUAUUGUAGAGAAAGCAUCUGUGUCUGAUGAUACAGCUGAGCUGAAACUGACGUCCAUUACUUACCACGUGGCCGAGGAGGAGGACAACAAACUGCAGAAACUAGACAGGCCAGGAGCCAAGCUACUGGCUCUGAAGGAGCAACUUCAGAGCAAAAUGAAGGUGAAACGUGAGGAGUCCCGUCAGAAGCGACAGGAGAUCUAUGCACUGGAGAACGAGGAGGGUUUCGAAGGUGGCACUGACACAGAGGAGGAGAGAAUCCUGGACAAUGAUGAUGAGAUGUCGGAGAAGUCGGACACAGACAUUGAGGAUGAUCAGUUUGAUGCUGAGUUUGGGGAGGAAGAAUUUGAAGAAGAGGAUGAAGUCGAAGAAAGAGAGGCAAACCCCUUCAUGGAUGGGGAGGCAGAGGAAGAUGACAACGACUACAACCCGGACAAGGAUGUCAACGCUGGGCGUGCUGAUGAUGACGACUUUGAGGAUAGUGAGGAGGAGGAGGAGGAGGAGGGAGAUACCAUGAAAUUAAAACUCGACACUUCUGAUGACGAUGAUGCAGAUGAUGACCUUGAGAAUCUGUCACAGAAUGUGCGGUCCAGCUCCAAGAAGAAACGUAAACAUGUGCGACAGCUGACCAUCAGUGAUGACGAGGACAGCAAUCUGUCGUCUGCCCAGGCCACCAGACAAGAAUCAAACACAGGCAGUUUCAAGAUUCCCACAGAAGGAGUAUCUCCAAAGGACAACCUGGAAGAAGACGAUGACCUCAUGUCCCCCCUCACAAAACAUCUGACAGCCACACAAACACAGAAGCCCAAGAAGACAUCAAGUAUGUCACUUCCCAUCGAAGACUCCCAGGACUUGUAUGGCACUGCGGCAGAGCCGUUUACCUCCUCCAUGUAUCCUGCCAGUGACAUCCAACCCUCACAGGGACUUAACUUUCUCAUGGAGGACUCACAGUCUCAAAUGCUGGAUGCUGAUGGGUUUUUCAAAGUGAAAUCCACCACCAAGAAGCCAACACAAGCCUCUCUUGGCCUGAAAGACAUUUCUAGUACACAGGAUAACAUGGCUGAGCUCAUGGGCCUAUGCUCCGGCAAGUUUGUAGCAAGUCAAGAUGACAGUAAGAAGUCGUCUUGCAAGCAGCUUUUCGGCAACAAUGCUGAUUCUGCCCCUGAUGCAACACAAGGUGGAAUGGAUGAACUGCUGGGUCUGUGCUCAGGGAUGUUUCCAGCAGCGGCAACUCAAGGCAAGUCUCAAGGACGUAAGCGGAAGUUGGAGGAAGAUGAGGAGAGCAAUACAUCCUUCACCUUGCUCUCUGACAAUGAGGCACAGGUGGACAGUGACAAGGAUGAGCUAGCUGAUGAUGAGAAUCCUCCUGAAGACUACGAUGAGGUUGAUGGAGACGUUCCACAGAAAUCUCAAGUCAAGAAAUCGCUCCGAGCAUUCAGGGGGAAGAUUACUGGGAAAAUGAGACGAGAGUUUAUCGAGGAUGAGGCAGAGCUGUCAGGUUCGGAGGCGGAAAGUGACGAUCUGGACGUACCGGAGGACGAGGACAUCAUGGAGAUGGAGCUGGGUGACCAGGAUGUAGCGAUGACGGAGGACGAACUCCGCAACCAGGUUGGACGAGCCCAUCUGAAGGAAACUAUCGAUGCCGACAAGCGUGAAAUUCUCCGACUACAAGAGAUGUACCUCCCAGAUGGGGAUCUGUACUCAGAAGGGGGAGGCAGGAUAAGGAGGUUUAGAUGGAAAAAUAUGGACGAUGAGUCCCAGCAGGACAUGUUUGGAGGUGGGGGAUCUGACGAGGACGCCCCGGAGGAGGAUGCUGAUGAGUUAAAAUGGAGGAUGGAGAGAUUUGAGAGGGAGAAGUUUUUACAGGAAGAAAGGGAAAAAGAAGAGAAUGAAAAUGCCAACAGCCAGUUUUUCAAGUUAGGAAAGAAGUUUGCAUUGAAAAUAAAAGAUCCCGUGAAGAAAUUACCUGAGGGAGAAUCUGUGAAGCCUCAGGCCGUAAAGAAGACAGUCCCCAGCCCGGCAAAGCCAGUACUGAAACCAGCGAACCAAAGAAAAGGGUCCUUCCUGACACGUGGUAAAGAAGCCCUGGCGAAGAUUGCCGAGAGAACAAAGUCUGGAGUCAAUCCCAAUGCAACAAGACAUUCGAAAAACUUUGUAUUCCAGGUUGUCUCCCCUGAAAAAUCUGAAGCCGCACUACAGUCAAAGCCAAUUUCCCGACCUUCAAUUCACAAGAGGCCUUCUAACCUGCCUCCUGCUAAACGGCAGAGAACCAAGACACUGGAGUCCAAAUCCAGCAGUAGUAGUAUAUUCAACCUCUUGGAGAGGUGACAUGACGGUACAGCAUCAUCUUCAUAGGACAUCACAGAUCACCUCAUUACUGUAGGGCAGCAGGGGCUCAUGUUUGUCCAAUAAUGAUCGUUAUCAUGUGUGUGGUGCACUGAUUAUGUAUUGCCUGGCAACAUGGCUAUAGAACAUAACAGAACACCACAUCUCUAGUGCAACACAGGUCCGAUGCUUGUCGAAUGAGACUUAUCUCACGGUGUGUGGUGUAUUGAUUAUAUAUCAACUGGAAACAUGGAUAUAGGACAUAAGAAGUCGCCUCAUCUCUAAUGCAUCGUUGUGUGGUGCCUGAUGCAUUGAUCAUGUAUUACCUAUCAACACCCAUAUGAUGUAGAUAGCUAGUGCUGUUUUCCACAGGUGUACUUGCCCAGAUUCGAUUAGAUAUUAUGGAUAAAGCUGAUGAAGGUAACAUCACAACAUUCAUUUACAAAACACUUACAACAAAAUGCUUGGACCCUGUGUGCCAGCUGCAAAAAUACCAUCAGAUAUGUCAAUAGCUUAAAUAUGUAUAGAUAAUGUGUUGUCAUAUGACUUAUAUAUGUUCUUAACUUAUAUGAGAAAAUGUAAAAAAUGUUUGUCAUGGUCAGUAUUGAGAAGCUUGUACUUCACAGAUUCAAGCAGGCAAAGCUCUAUGUUCACUGCGAAUAGCUGCAAAACUGCUGAUGCGGUGUUAAGCAAUAUUUACUCUCUCAAAGGACCAUGUCACUAUGUAUGUUGUCUGCACUGGCUAUGUAUAUAUUAUGUAUAUAUUUGUUUUAUUUAUCAACUGUCCAGUUGUUUAAACAAGAUUCUAAAUCUGAUAUGUGAAUAAAAUAUUUGAUUGAGAUAGUUUGUUGUACAUAUGACUACCAGAGAUAUAUUUUGAAUGUAAAAACACAUUGUGAAAUAAAGAGAGCUACAACAAAAA